GCAGAUGGAGGCUAAGGAUAAUAGAGUCCGCGCCUAUUGCAAAGUCUCAAAGUCCAAAUAAGAGGAGCUCCUAAAUCUUGUUUACAAAGACGAAUGCAGAAUCAAUUAUGUAGAGAUAUUCAACCAUUGUUUAGGCUGCUGAUUUGCUAAAUAUUAAUUACGCCACUGCCAAAAAUAUCGUACUUAAGUUCAAGAAAACUCACAUUUUGAGAAAGUCUGCCAAUAUGUCCGAAUCGAAGAGAUGCAAUUAUAAAUUGAUUGGAGAAUCGAAGGACUAAACAAAUUCAGUAAACUUAAGAGGGGGAUUGGUGGCUGAAGGCCUAAAGAAAUUUGUCUAGAAAUUUUGA